AUGGGAGGUGACCAGCUCUCACUGCCCACCCAGGCCCUGUCCCCAGGAGGUGACCAGCUCUCCCUGCCCACCCAGGCCCUGUCCCCGGGAGGUGACCAGCUCUCCCUGCCCACCCAGGCCCUGUCCCCAGGAGGUGACCAGCUCUCCCUGCCCACCCAGGUCCUGUCCCCGGGAGAUGACCAGCUCUCCCUGCCCACCCAGGCCCUGUCCCCAGGAGGUGACCAGCUCUCCCUGCCCACCCAGGUCCUGUCCCCAGGAGGUGACCAGCUCUCCCUGCCCACCCAGGCCCUGUCCCCGGGAGGUGACCAGCUCUCCCUGCCCACCCAGACCCUGUCCCCAGGAGGUGACCAGCUCUCCCUGCCCACCCAGGGCCUGUUCCCAGGAGGUGACCAGCUCUCCCUGCCCACCCAGACCCUGUCCCCAGGAGGUGACCAGCUCUCCCUGCCCACCCAGACCCUGUCCCCAGGAGGUGACCAGCUCUCCCUGCCCACCCAGGGCCUGUCCCCGGGAGGUGACCAGCUCUCCCUGCCCACCCAGGUCCUGUCCCCGGGAGAUGACCAGCUCUCCCUGCCCACCCAGGCCCUGUCCCCAGGAGGUGACCAGCUCUCCCUGCCCACCCAGACCCUGUCCCCAGGAGGUGACCAGCUCUCCCUGCCCACCCAGGGCCUGUCCCCAGGAGGUGACCAGCUCUCCCUGCCCACCCAGGGCCUGUCCCCAGGAGGUGACCAGCUCUCCCUGCCCACCCAGACCCUGUCCCUGGGGGCAGGACAGCAGAACCCAUCUGUCUCAGCAGGAGCCCUGCAGCCCGUGUGGCCAGCGGCUCUCCAGGAGACUCUGGGCAUAUCCAUCCCCUGGCCACAGCAGCUCCCUCGCCGCCGAGGGGACACCGAGACGCCCCCUGGAAGUGGCCCUGAGGACAAAGACACCCCGCGUGGGGGCGUGGAGACGGCUUUUGCGGCGGCCGGAUCAAUAGCUCUCGGCCUCCUUCAGGAAGACUAA